UAGCUCGUUGAUCGUCUGGUCUGUAGGGCGGACUUCACUCCCAGCGUCUUACAAUGGACAAAUGUCGAGCCUCCUCUAGGAUUCUGAUCAUCGGAGCCGGAACUUCAGGAAUCGCAGCCGCCACGCGACUCCUGCAAAACAAUUUCAGUAAUGUGCAGAUCCUGGAGGCGGAGAAUCGCAUCGGUGGGCGGAUCAACACUAUCUCGUUCGGGGACAAUGUCAUCGAUGUGGGCGCUCAAUGGUGUCACGGCCAGCAGGGCAAUAAAGUGUACGAAAUGGUGAAGGAUCUUGGUAUCCUACACCUAACGGGCGACUACUAUAGCUCCAUGAAGAUGGUACGAUCGAAUAAGGAGGAGGUGUCUCAGGCGGUAGGAUGUAACCUGCACGACAUUGCCAUCAGGAGCAUGCCUAGUGGGCCUAAUCCUGUAGUGGGAUCCUUCGGCACUCACAUGGUGGAGAGCUACUGGCGAUUAAUCGAAAAAGAGAUGCCCGAAGUGGAAAGAGCCUUGGCUGGCGAGGCUUUGGAUGCUUUUACCAAACAUGAGAGCUCUAUUAUCGGUUCGGAUAACCUGUUUGAGGUUUCUGUGAGGGAACACAUCGAGUACGAUGAGUGCGAUGGCGACAAGCUGCAACAUUGGGGCACCAAGGGCUUCCAGCGAUUCCUUCGCCUGCUGAUGAAGGUCAGUGAGGAUGAACCAGACGAUCUGGGUUUGCUUAAAGGACGUGUCAACCUCUGCAAGAAGGUCGACAAAAUUGAGUUGGCUUGCCCAAAUAAGGUCUUCCUACGCUGCGAAGAUGGGGACUAUUUCGAGGCGGAUCAUGUCAUUUGCACAGUGUCUUUGGGAGUCCUGCAGGAGCAGGCUGAAAAACUGUUCGUUCCCCCACUUCCACCUGCCAAGGUGAACGCCAUUCGAGGCUUAAGCCUCGGAACAGUGAACAAAUUAUUUAUGGAAUUCGAUCAGCAACCGCUUCCUGAUAAUUGGGUGGGAUUUUAUUGCUUCUGGCUUCAGCAGGAUUUGAAGGAGCUACGGAAAUCAGAAUAUUUCUGGUUGGAGGGCAUCACCGGUUGCCACAAAAUCACUUGCCAACCACGCCUACUGCUUGCCUGGGUGGGCGGCCCACAUGGUCGCCAUAUGGAGACUUUGUCCGAUGAAAAGGUUCUUGAGGGUUUGAUGUGGCUCUUCCGGAAGUUCCUCACCUUCGAGGUUCCCACUCCAAAGCGCUUCAUGCGCAGCAAGUGGUAUUCGAAUCCAAACUUCCGCGGAAGCUACAGCCAUCGUUGCUUGAAGGCCGAUGAAAAGAAAACGGGGCCAUGGGAUCUAGAGACUCCAGUCUUGGGACCCGAUGGACAUCUUGGGUUGCUGUUUGCAGGAGAAGCCUCCAGUAAGAACCACUUUUCCACCGUUCACGGCGCCGUUGAAGCGGGAUUUCGGGAGGCAGACCGUUUGAUCCAGCACUACUCUUCUUGCAGUUCGAAUCCUUAAAAAUUUAUUUUAUUCGGUCGAUCAAGUUUUUUGCUUAUUAUAUAAAAU